GUUCUGCUCUUGCUCCCCUCCCCUCUCCUGCUGUGGAUUACGGAUUUCUGAAGUUGGAACAAUGGAGAGAGGCGACAUGAGAAGCAACAAUUUUGAGUACAGGAACAGUUCGGUGGUUGGGGGAGAUAGUAGGAAUGCGGAAGCGGCGGCGCCGGCGGACGGCGGAAUCGAGUUGAGUCUGGGGCUUUCAACGAACGGUCGGUUCGGAGUCGAUCGAUCGACGGAAGGAUUCAGGCGAUCGUCUUCAGUAUCCGAUUUACACUCCAAUGGAUUCUCUUACGUUAAUGGAGUGAGCUACUCGGCAAAUGGAAGCGGCGCGCCGCUAGUGAGGGUGAGCUCCGUCCCUACAGAGACGGAUGAGAGGCCCCAAACUGAAGUGCAGGCUCGGCGUAGUACAGAGACUCGAGGGCACGGGAGAGAGAGGAUUCGUGACGUGAAUGGAUUGCGCGAGGGAAAUUCUUCAUCCUCUCAGCUGACAGAGAGUGGAUUUGUUAAUGGGAUUGAGAAUUUGAUUCUAGGGCAAUCAUCAUCAUCACCAUCGCAGGGGCUCAUUCUCAUUCCACCAACAUCUGCUGCCGGAAUAGAUCCUGAUACAAUUGAGGCCUUACUGUUGCAGGGUGCGGACCCGUAUACUGCAGGCAAUUCCUCUUCGAGCCCUCCUAAUCCUCUUGUCGAAGUUGUUGAGGGUCUCUUAAAUGGCGCCCCUGUCACUCCAUCUUCACCCGGCUUUGAUGCACCCGACGUGCAAGCUCCAUUUGGUAUUAAUGCACAUCCUGUUCAACCUGCCGGGAACAGGAACGGUGCCCCCGUUGUAUCUAUUACUGGCAAUGAUUUCUCAGCUAACAGCGACGCAUUGCCUGCCGGUGAGAUUGCCAAUAACAGACCAAAUCAGGACGUCAACACGAGGCAUGCAGUAUUCGACAUGCCCUAUGUCUCUACCAGAGGAUACGGCCCGAACUGCCCCAAGAUUGCAGGGAUCUUGUACAGGUACCGGAGCGGGAACGACCUCAAGAUCGUGUGCGUCUGCCAUGGGAUGUUUCUCUCGCCUGCCGAGUUCGUUAAGCAUGGCGGCGGCAGCGAGGUUGCAGCGGCGCAGCCGCUGAAGCACAUUGUGGUAGUCCCUUUCCCCUUUCCCUAGAGUUUAGACAGAUUGGACUUAUGCAAGCCCAUCAGAUUAUAAGUAUUUUUUUAUAAGUAUUUUUGGACUAGCUAAAUUCUUGUAGAUCAAGUGGUAAAAUAUUUCCGCUUGGAGACUAUGAUUCGAAUUCGAUACCGAGUGGGUGCGUGUUUGCUGACUGUAGGGUAAAAAAAAGGAAAGAGUAAUCUUGGACCAACAAUCAUG